AUGAUCCUCCUGCUCGUUUCCCAGCAUGCACUGGGUGGAGUGGUGGAGGUCAAUGAGGGGGCGGAGUCUGUCCUGCUGCCCUGCAUCUACUCUGGUUUUCCACCUAUAGACCCGUCACUCAUCUGGACUCGCAGUGACCUCAGUCCGAACUCCGUCCACCUGCAGAGAGAAAACGGCGACGAUCUUCAGAACCAGAACCAGCGUUUCAGGAACCGGACCUCCAUGAAUCCUGACGCUCUGGACACUGGAGACUUCAGCCUGACUCUGAGGAAACCUGAGCAGAUUGAUGGAGGAAACUACACCUGCAGCAUCUCUGCUGGAAGAGAAGAACGGAACGUGAAACAGAUUCACCUGAAGGUCAAAGCUGAUCAGCAGGAGGUCGAGGUCACUGAGGGGUCAGAUUCUGUCGUCCUGCCCUGCACAACAUCGUCCCGCCUUCCUGAGGACACAGUAGUGGAGUGGACCCAGUCAGAACCUCGUUCCAUGUUCAUUCAUGUGUUUCCUAACACGAGUAAACACUACGCCCAGCAGGACAGAUUUUACCGCGACCGCACAGAGAUGGACCAAGAUUUCCUGAGGACCGGAGACGUCGGCCUGACCCUGAGGAAUCCCACACACAGAGACGCUGGACGCUACGUCUGCACCGUCUACAGAGACCAGGACAUCCUGAGACACACGCUGGUUCUGAAAUAUGUACAGAAAGAACCCUUUCCAUCCUGGGCCACAGCUCUGCUGGUUCUGGUUCUCAUCGUCUCUGCAGGCGUUUUAUAUCAUUUUAAAGGUUAUUUCCUGCCAGCUCUACAGGUGCAGGUGGAUCUAGGGGUUAAAUCUGUCGUGCUGCCCUGCAGAACCAACAUUUACCUGCCAGGAGGCGCCAGAGUGGAGUGGAGAGACGGAGAGAACAAGACGGUCCAUGUGUAUCCGAGCGGUUCUGAUGAUCCUGAAGAACAGAACCUGACCAGCAGAACCAGGAUGGGUGACGACCCACUGAAGACUAAAGACCUCAGUCUGACUCUGGACCGCCCCUCAGUGGCAGACAGCGGGAUCUACACCUGCAGAGUCAGGAAAGGAGUCACUCUGAUGAUGAAACGGGUUCAUCUGCAGGUCAAAGAUAUUGUUGGUCAGUAUCAGGCUGACCUUAAAGAGUCUCUGAAGAUGAAGAGCCAAAGUCUCUCUGAAGGCGUCGCUGAACUUGGAAAUAAAACCGAUCUGAACCAGAUCUACACUGAGCUCUACAUCACAGAGGGGUCAACUAGAGAGGUCAACCAGGAACAUGAGGUCAGACAGAUUGAAACAGCAUCCAGGAAACAAGAAACAGUCAGAAGAGAAGACAUCUUUAAAGUCUCACCUGGAGGAGAUCAGCCAAUCAGAACAGUGAUGACCAUGGGCGUGGCUGGCAUUGGGAAAACACUGUUAACACAGAAGUUCACUCUGGACUGGGCUGAAGGCAAAACCAACCAGAACAUUGAUUUCAUAUUUCCAUUCACCUUCAGAGAACUGAAUUUACUGAGAGAGAAAAAGUUCAGCUUAUUAGAACUGAUUCAUGAACGUUUCACUAAAACCAAAGGAAUCAGAAACUUUGAAGCGUUCCAGGUUCUGUUCAUCUUUGAUGGUCUGGAUGAAAGUCGACUUUGUCUGGAUUUCUACAACACUACAAUGUUGACUGACCCUGAAAAGUCGACCUCACUGGAUGUUCUGCUGACAAACCUCAUCAGUAGGAAACUGCUUCCCUCUGCUCUCCUCUGGAUAACCACACGACCUGCAGCAGCCAAUCAGAUCCCUGGAAAGUUUGUUGACAUGGUAACAGAGGUCAGAGGGUUCACUGACCCCCAGAAGGAGGAAUACUUCAGGAAGAGAUUCAGAGAUGAUGAAGAGAAGGCCAGCAGGAUCAUCUCCCACAUCCAGAAAUCCAAAAGUCUCCACAUCAUGUGUCACAUCCCCGUCUUCUGCUGGAUCACUGCUAAAGAUCUGGAGGAUGUGAUGAAGACCAGAGAGAGAGAGAAACUACCCAAGACUCUGACUGAGAUGUACAUAGAGUUCCUGCUGGUUCAGCUAAUCAAGGAGGAAAAAUAUGAUGGAGGAAAAAAGAGCAAAUCUAUCUGGAGUCCAGAGAACAGGAAGCUGAUUGAGUCUCUAGGAAAACUGGCUUUUGAUCAGCUGCUGAAGGGAAACCUGAUCUUCUAUGACAAAGAUCUCACACAGUGCGGCAUCAACAUCCAAGAUGCUGCGUUGUUCUCAGGAGUUUUCACUGAGAUGUUUAAAAGAGAGAGAGGGACACGCGACGUCUCCGUCUACUCCUUUGUUCAUCUGAGCAUCCAGGAGUUUCUGGCUGCAGUCUACAUGCUCCACUGCUUCACCAGCAGGAAGUCAGAGGAGAUCAAGACGUUCCUGGGAGACGAAUACAGAGAAACAUCUCUAGAUGAGUUCAUGAAGAAAGUCAUGGAGAAAUCCCUCAGCAGUAAAAAUGGCCACCUGGACCUGUUUGUCCGCUUCCUUCAUGGUCUCACUGUGGAGUCCAACCAGAGAGACUUAGAAGAUCUGCUGGGUCAGACAGAGACCAGUCCAGAAACCAUCCAGAGAAUCAUCACCAACCUGAAGGAGAUGAACACUGAUAGAAUCUCUCCUGACAGAAGCAUCAACAUCUUCUACUGUCUGGUGGAGAUGAACGACGUCUCAUUUUAUCAGGAGAUCCAACGGCUGCUGGAUUCAGGGCAGUAUCUCUCAGUGACUGACUGUUCAGCUCUGGCCUUCAUGCUGCAGAUGUCAGAGGUUCUGGAUGAGUUGGACCUGGAGAAGUACAACACAUCAUCAGAUGGACGACAGAGACUGGUUCCAGCUGUGAGGAACUGC